AAAGCAUCUUCAAGCAGGAAGUAUGCACCAAAGAGAUGGGACUUGGAUGACAGCCAGACUGGACAAGGGUCGAACCAGUUAAACCGUGAUAAAGAGGCGUCUACAAAUCACAUUCCAGCUCCUGACAUAUGACACUGUUUUUCCUGCUUCUGCCUGAUCCGAGGCAUCACUGUGGACCAUGAGUGAUGCGAAGUGAACGUGGAGCUUUCUGAGAAAAAUACGACAAAGGCAAUGAUGGUCACAGAGACUGGGAUUCUUUCACUGAGGGACGAUUACAUCGUGGAAGUGACUUCGCCUACUCUGGUCUUCACGACCCCUGCUCAGGAAUCUGGAGAUGGAGUCAUAAUCGGCUGGAUCCUCAGUGUAGAAUCCACUCUGAUCAUCUUUACCAACCUCCUGGUGGCCAUCGCUUUGGUCUUGCUGAUCCGUAAAGGAGGUAAUCAUAGCUGGAGCUUUGUCCUGAACCUGGCCAUCGCUGAUAUCCUGGUGGGUCUGGCUAUUACGGCCAUCGCGAGCGAUGCGGUUAAGGGAAGUGUGGUUUCGACACGUAAGGAAGUAUGCUUGCUGCGCAUGUCUUUCGUGAUCACUCCCAGCGCCGCAUCCAUCUUUACCAUGUUCUUCAUCUCGCUGGAUCGAUAUGUGGCCAUUAAGGUACCACUACGCUACUCGCAACUCAUGGGCACCAAGAUGAUCGCCGGCGUUUUGGCGAGUCUGUGGCUGCUGUCGGUGGUCGUAGGAUUCCUGCCCAACGUGGUAAAGAACAUGCAGGAGAAUCACUAUGACAGCGUGUGUACCUUCUUUUCCGUCAUCAGCCCUAAGUGCAUCAUUAUAGUCUUUUGUGCAACCUUCUUCCCCAUCAUGCUGGUCUUCAUCUACUUCUAUAUGGACAUCCUUAAAAUUGCCUGGAGCCACCAGCGGCGCAUCGAGCAAGCCAUGCAAGUGAGGUCCCGCUGCGUCCUGCCGAGUCGUUACUGGGGACACGUUAAGGCGUUCAGGACAGUCACUGUCCUUGUGGGUUGCUUCACCCUCUGCUGGUGCCCUUUCUUCGUGGUCAGCGUGAUACAGGUGCUCUGUCCACCAUGCAAGCUGUACUGGUUUUUAGAAAACCACCUCUGGAUGCUAGGACUCGCCAAUUCCCUUAUCAACCCCCUGGUUUACGCUUUCUGGCAGAGGGAGGUACGACAGCAACUUUGUGACAUGUUCGCUUGCAUUAAAGUCGGUCAGUGCUGCGUUAGAGGCAACACCGACCAGACGAUGAUCACUCAAACCAGAAACUCUUUGGACCCUGCGCUACCUGCUCAGGUCAUUCUUAGGAAGCCUGCUCCGGUACCUCCUGCUGUGUCAACAUGUCCAAACUAAGCUGUGUAACAAACAACUUUCAGUCCACCGCUCAUAGGAAACGCUUAAGUGUUUUGAAAUCGGCGACCGGAAAAGACCCGUAUCUCGUAAUGGAUGUGGAGUCUUGAGAGUCUGCCUGUUUUACUCCUGCAGUGGAACAGAUGGCUUUAUUGACUCUUUGGCUCACUUUUUUUUAUUAACUGAAAUCAGAAGACCAUAAGCGGUUAUGUCUCAAUUCCUGUUGUUUGCACUACCAAUGUAAAUCUGUUCGAGACGCCCAUGUCGAUUGAUUCAAAUGUUUGUAUGUGGAGUUUUUAUAAAUACAGACAUGUAAACCUUGUUUGUUUUUUUCUGAUUCGUUGGGGAAAUUGUUCCAUAUACAGAACGCGAGACCCAAUUCGUUUUUUUUACUGCAUUUACAUUUUUAUUCUAGUAUCUUGGUAGAUUCUGAAAAACAGAAUAAAAGACCUUACCUGGUUCCUGUGGCACUUUUGGAAUGUAUCUUGCGAAGGUGCAUGUGGUCCACCGUCAAUUAAUUAGCGUUUAGGUUUAUUUUUAUCACCAGAGAACUUCAGGUCCAAUUAUGUCCCUUUAAAUCAGGGAUCUAAAGUACGAAAAUAUUAAAAAGUCAAAAUGGGAUUUUUAAAUUUAUAAAAUUAAAGAACAAAUUUUUGGGGACUCCAGGUUUUUUUUUUUUUUACAUUUCGACAUUUUGUAUAAAUACCGACAUGUAAACCUUGUUUUUUUGGGGGGUUAUAGGGGAGAUUUUCUAUACACAGUACAAUACACAAGACCCUUUUUUUCUUUCCUGUAUACUUUUUAUUUUAAGAAUUUUUAGUACCUUGGUAGACUCUUGGUAGACUUUUCCUCGUGCACGUGGCAGCUUUGAAUUGUAUCUCGUAAAGGCGUAUCUUUAGGUCCAAUCACGUACCUU